AACGAGUCAGACAUUUUUAAGCUAACGGACUGGACGCAGUGUUGCUGUUUUGUGACGUAAUGACGUCCCACAAGCGCCAGCAGAAGCUCUGUAGCUCCACAGGGCACUCCAACAACAAAAGCAGCCAUGUCAACGAAUGGAUCAAAGCCGAAUCUCAGCCAUUCCCAGGUUUCAGAGCUUAUCAAGCGGCUCUAUGGCUUGACCGUGUCCGUCGUCCGACCGCUGCCCAGUUAUGAUGAUCAAAACUUUUACGUGGCCCCCAAUGAAGGAGGAGAAUAUGUGUUGAAGGUUAUGAACUCAGCAGACAGUCAAAACAUCACCGUUAUUGAGCUGCAGACUCAUGCCAUGAACUUCUUACACCAAAGAGGCCUUCCUGCCCAGACCGCUUUUCCCACUCUGACUGGCCGACUCAUGAGCCUGGAGGAAUUUGAUUGUGGGUUUGGCGUGCAGAAAUAUUUAGUGCGUUUACUUGCCUACCUUCCUGGUACUACUGUAGCCAAAGUUACCUGCGGUCCUCAGAUCUUGUAUGAUGUUGGGAAAAUGGCCGCCACAUUGGAUACAGUUCUACUGCAAAUGGAGCAUCCAGACAUCAGCGUCCUUCAGAGAGAAGGUUUCAUAUGGAAUCUCGCCAGCGUUCGUCUCUUAGACCAGUAUAUGCAUGUGAUGGAUGGAGAUCCCGUGCUAAAGGUUGUUAAAGCCGUUCUGGAGCAGUACCAGAUCCACGUCGUGCCAAAACUACCGUUGUUUCGCAAAUGCAUCAACCACGGAGACUUCAACGACCACAAUCUCUUGGUGAAACCCGAUGGACCCUCGAAGCACAAGAUCUCCGGGAUCCUUGAUUUUGGAGACAUGAGCUGCGGGUAUUUCAUAUUUGAGCUGGCCAUCACCAUCAUGUACAUGAUGAUUGAGAAUCCCAGUCCGCUAGACGUCGGAGGGCCGGUGGUGGCGGGAUGGGAAAGUGUUUUUCCUCUCAACGAGGCAGAAAGAGACUCGCUCUAUUUGCUGGUUCUCUGUCGGUUCUGCCAGUCCCUGGUUCUGGCUCGACACGCGGUGAUCCAGCAGCCAGAGAACGAGGAGUACUUGAUGAUCACCGCCAGGACAGGGGUGCGCCAUCUCCGUCGGCUUUGGGAGCUGGGUAAAGAGCAAGUGGAGAGAAUAUGGUUCCAGAGCGCUGCACAGUUUGGCCAACCUUGACUUCAGCAGCUGCAUGCUGAAAAAUGAUAUGCAAUAACCAUUGAAGAUAUACUUUUUACCCAAAAAUUCAUGUUAACGACGUGAAAUGAUGACAAUGUCAAAUGGUGUUGAUUUGUCUUAAGUCACACAACUUUUGACAUUAAUUUUAGAGCUUAAUGAGUUAAUAAUUAAGGUAAAUUCGGUUUGUUCCUCACAAAUCUCUUUGAUGGGUCUAAAAGACUAUACGACUAUGCAUACCAACAGUCCAGAACAAACAUUAUUUUAGUCUCUCAUUCCAAAAAAAUGCACACACCCACUCGCAUUCAAAAAUUACAUUCACAUGUGAUAUGGAUCACUUUUAUGAUAUUUUCAUAGUGCUUUUUUCCCAGUAAACCAAUGCAUCAUUUCCAAAUUCUCCUAUUUUGUUGCCCAGAAGAGUAAAAUAACACUAAUAUGGUUGCGACAUCUACUGUACAUUGAUGUCAAAAAUAAAUACUUCAUUUCAUUAAAUACAGUAUAUCCCAAGAAUUAAUGAUGAAUUAUACAUUUUAAAAUGUUUAACUUGCUCAAUUCAUAGACUACGAUUUAUUGUAUAUCAUAAAGAGGGAAUGUGAUGAAAGGUCCCAUAAACUUUUAUGGGCUGAUCUUACAGCACAUGUAAUGAAUAAACAAACCGCUGACUGCAGCAUUUUA